CCAACCCCCAUCACCUACCUCCUUUAUCAUAAUUUUUGCACCCCAAGCCAAUUCCUCCCUCCCCCUAAAUCAACCCAGGGCCAGGUCACAGGCAACUAGGCACAGCCCCUCUGCCCAAAGCCUGCUGGGAUUAUUUUAACUGGCCAGUCCUAACUGUUUACUCUGCCCUGCCUUUCCUGCGGAAACCCUAAGAAAGGCUGUGGCUUUUGCCUUCCCCUGGCUCCUUUGUGCCUCCUGACUGACACCGGUGCUUCCUCCUGUGGACCUGGCCUGCCGUGGCACGGCGCACCUCUCUCCUUUCUGGCCAAAUGGCGAAAAUGAGUUCUUCAGUAAGAAGAAAAGGCAAGCCAGGCAAAGGAGGUGGAAAAGGGUCGUCUAGAGGAGCCAGAGGAGGCAGGAGUCACACCAAUAAAUCGCACGGGGGCGGGGGCGGCAGUGGUGGUGGCAGCGCUGGCAAUCGGAAGGCCUCGAGUAGAAUUUGGGAUGAUGGCGAUGACUUUUGUAUCUUCAGUGAAUCAAGACGCUCAUCCAGACCUAGCAACAGUAGUGUAAGAAAAGGAGAGGCACGCCCCAGAUGGAAGCCCGAAGCCAAAGUGCCCCUUCAGACCCUGUACAUGACUUCUGAGAACCAGGAGAAAGUGAAAGCUCUUCUCCGGGACCUGCAGGAGCAAGACGCGGACGCUGGAUCUGAAAGAGGCAUUUCCGGGGAGGAGGAAGAUGAUGAACCCGAGUGUGAUGAUGAACAGUACUGGUCUGCUGGACGAGAAGCUUCCCUUGUUCCUGACUGUGACCCUUUGGAAUAUGCUGGCUCAGGCCCAAUGGAGCCUCAUAGUCCAGAGUUUACCGUCUCGACAUUUGCAGUGCAGAAGCUUUCCAGGUACGGCUUCGACACUGAGCGCUGUCAGGCAGCCCUGAGGCUCUGUGAUGGAGACGUCGGGGCAUCACUAGAACAUCUGCUCACACAGUGUUUUUCAGAGACAUUUGGGGAGAAGAUGAAGAGCUUGGAGGCAGUUACCCGUGUCAGCUUGGAUGAGUGUGUGGAACAGCGGCAGGAAGAGGCAUUUGCUCUCAAGUCCAUCUGUGGAGAGAAAUUUAUAGAAAGAAUUCAGAACCGAGUCUGGACCAUUGGAUUAGAACUGGAGUACUUGACGAGUAAAUUCUGCAAAUCCAAGCAAAAGGAAAGUACCAAAAAUACACAGGACUCUACACUUGAAGUCUGUAAAUUUUACCUCAAAGGAAAUUGUAAAUUUGGAUCAAGAUGCAAAUUCAAACAUGAAGUGCCCCCAAAUCAGAUUGUCGGAAGAGCGGAAAGAAUUGUAGAUGAUUCUCAUCUUAAUGCCCACGAAGAUGCCUCUUUUUUAUAUGAACUCGAAAUUCGAUUUUCUAAAGACCACAAAUACCCUUACCAAGCUCCUCUUGUGGCAUUUUAUUCCACCAAUGAGAAUCUACCUCUGGCUUGUCGUUUACAUAUUUCCGAAUUCCUUUAUGGCAAGGCCUUGACAUUUGCAGAAACUUCAGAACCUGUUGUGUAUUCUUUGAUAACCCUUUUAGAGGAAGAAUCAGAAAUAGUCAAUUUACUGACAAAUACCCAUCACAAGUACAGUGUCCCUCCUGUGAACUUUCUGCCGGUAUCCUCUGGGACCAGAAUAAAUAAUCCUGUCUGUCGUAAACCAGUGAUUCCAAAUAAUUCUUUUGCUUCAAAUCAAAUUCCUGAAGUUGAAAAAGAAUCAGAACCUGAGGAGGAGACAGAUGAGGAUGAAGGUCCUGCACCAGUUAUAGUGGAGAAUGAAAGCUAUGUGAACCUUAAGAAAAAGAUUUCCAAAAGAUAUGACUGGCAGGCAAAAUCAGUACAUGCUGAAAAUGCUAAAAUCUGCAAGCAGUUCCGAAUAAAACAGGCUUCCAGACAGUUCCAGUCAAUUCUGCAAGAAAGACAAUCACUCCCUGCUUGGGAAGAAAGAGAAACCAUUCUUAAAUUGUUGAGCGAGCACCAAGUGCUUGUUAUAAGUGGUAUGACGGGAUGUGGGAAAACUACACAGAUUCCUCAGUUUAUUCUGGAUGAUUCUCUGAAUGGACCACCUGAGAAAGUGGCUAACAUCAUCUGUACCCAACCCCGACGAAUUUCAGCAAUAUCUGUUGCUGAACGUGUUGCUAAAGAAAGGACAGAAAGAGUGGGUCUGACUGUGGGGUACCAGAUCCGGCUAGAAAGUGUCAAGUCCUCAGCCACCAGGCUGUUAUACUGCACCACGGGUGUCCUGCUGAGAAGGCUGGAAGGAGACACAGCUCUCCAAGGAGUUACCCAUAUCAUCGUUGAUGAAGUUCAUGAGAGGACAGAAGAAAGUGACUUCUUGCUGCUAGUCUUGAAGGACAUUGUGUUGCUGAGACCAACUCUUCAAGUUAUUCUAAUGAGUGCAACUUUAAAUGCUGAGCUCUUUUCAGAAUAUUUCAGUUCCUGCCCAAUUAUUACUAUACCAGGUCGUACAUUUCCUGUUGAUCAGUUUUUUCUGGAAGAUGCAAUUGCUGUGACAAGGUAUGUGUUACAGGACGGGAGCCCGUAUAUGCGCUCCACGAAGCAGAUGACAAAGGAGAAGCUGAGAGCAAGGCGCAGCAGAACUGCAUUUGAAGAAGUAGAGGAAGACCUGAGGCUCUCUCUUCACCUCCAGCCCCAGGAUUCUGUCAAAGAUGCAGUGCCAGACCAGCAGUUAGAUUUCAAGCAGCUCCUGGCCCGCUAUAAAGGGCUUAGCAAAUCAGUCAUCAAAACAAUGUCCAUCAUGGAUUUCGAAAAGGUUAAUCUUGAAUUAAUAGAGGCCUUGUUAGAGUGGAUUGUAGAUGGAAAGCACUCCUACCCUCCAGGUGCUAUACUUGUAUUUUUACCGGGACUAGCAGAAAUCAAAAUGCUGUAUGAACAGCUACAGUCUAAUUCUCUCUUCAACAACAGACGCAGUCAUCGAUGUGUGGUGCACCCACUUCAUUCAUCUUUAUCCAGUGAAGAGCAGCAGGCAGUGUUCGUAAAACCCCCUGCGGGUGUAACCAAGAUCAUCAUUUCCACCAACAUUGCAGAGACAUCCAUAACCAUCGACGAUGUUGUCUAUGUCAUCGAUUCCGGGAAAAUGAAAGAGAAGAGAUAUGAUGCCAGCAAAGGAAUGGAGAGCCUAGAAGAUACUUUCGUCUCUCAAGCCAAUGCUCUGCAGAGGAAAGGUCGAGCAGGCCGUGUUGCCUCUGGGGUCUGCUUCCACUUAUUCACCAGCCAUCACUUCAAUCACCAGCUGUUAAAGCAGCAGCUUCCAGAGAUUCAAAGAGUGCCAUUGGAGCAGCUGUGUCUGAGAAUUAAAAUUUUAGAGAUGUUUAGCACUCACAAUCUCCAGUCUGUGUUCUCUCGGCUCAUUGAGCCUCCGCACACUGACUCUCUCCGCGCCUCAAAAAUACGAUUACGAGACUUAGGAGCAUUAACUCCAGAUGAAAAGCUGACCCCCCUAGGGUAUCACUUGGCCUCUCUGCCCGUGGAUGUGAGAAUCGGCAAACUGAUGCUGUUUGGGUCUAUCUUCCGCUGUCUGGAUCCUGCCCUCACCAUUGCUGCCAGUUUGGCUUUUAAGUCUCCUUUUGUGUCUCCCUGGGAUAAAAAAGAGGAAGCUAACCAGAAAAAGCUAGAAUUUGCAUAUGCAAACAGCGACUAUCUGGCUCUUCUACGAGCAUAUAAGGGAUGGCAGCUAAGUACAAAAGAAGGAAUGCGUGCAAGUUACAAUUACUGCAGACAGAACUUCUUGUCUGGAAGAGUUCUUCAGGAAAUGGCCAGCCUCAAACGACAAUUCACUGAACUGUUAUCAGAUAUAGGCUUUGUAAAGGAGGGACUCAGAGCAAGGGAAAUUGAGAAAAGAGCCCAAGGAGGAGAUGGUAUCUUGGACGCCACAGGAGAAGAGGCAAACUCCAAUGCUGAGAAUCCCAAGCUGAUAUCAGCAAUGCUGUGUGCUGCUCUUUAUCCAAAUGUAGUGCAGGUGAAAAGCCCAGAAGGGAAAUUGCAGAAGACCAGUGCCGGAGCUGUCAGAAUGCAACCCAAAGCAGAGGAGUUGAAGUUUGUCACCAAGAACGAUGGCUACGUGCACAUCCACCCUUCGUCAGUGAACUAUCAGGUCAGACACUUUGACAGCCCCUACCUGGUGUACCAUGAAAAGAUCAAAACUAGUCGGGUGUUCAUUCGAGACUGCAGUGUGGUGUCUGUGUACCCACUGGUCCUGUUCGGGGGAGGCCAAGUGAGCGUGCAGCUUCAGAGAGGGGAGUUUAUUGUGUCCUUGGAUGACGGUUGGAUCCGUUUUGCAGCUGCUUCGCAUCAGGUGGCCGAAUUAGUAAAGGAACUCCGUUGUGAACUUGACCAGCUCCUCCAGGAUAAGAUAAAAAACCCAAGCAUAGAUCUGUGUACAUGUCCUCGAGGAUCCCGGAUCAUCAGCAUGAUUGUGAAACUUGUCACCACACAAUAAAGACCAGUGUCAGGAGAGUGCUUGCUAUUCCCCUGCUUCUUGCUCACCUGGGAAAUAACAGCAGCACCUCUCCCUCCAGGCAGGCUCCGCGCUCAGGGCUGCCCCGGUGAAGGAGCCCAGGGCAGGCACCGUGCAGGCCCUGAGGCACCGCACACCUUUAGGGAAGGUUCCCAGACUGAGUAUUUCUGACAGAACAAGGACACUCCCAGCACAAUUUGGAGUGUCCGUGGGAGGCAGUCGAAGAAACCGGCUUGCCUGUGUUUUUCUCUGUGACUAUCCCGAAGUGAAUGAAAUUCACCUCAUCACACAAAAGUGAAUGUUUAAUACGAUUUGGUUUUAAUCUAUGUAUUUUUUUUCUCCUUUUUUACUGGGGUGAGAUAGGAGCAUGAGGAGAAAUACUGAAUUUUUUCUCUAUCGUAAAAGCUCAUCUGAAAGAAAUUAGAAUAGAGGACAAAAAAUCAUGUAAGCAAGAAAAAUUAAAAUUUCAUUUUAGGCUAUUAGCUACGAAGUAAACUUAAACUUGAUCUGUGAGGGAUUUUUAUUUUACUCAUUAAAGGUCAGCCUUAAAAAACCUGAAGAGCUCUUAUUUGUUUUUAAAGUGCAAGCUGGUUUUAUCCUUACCAUUCUUCUUCUUAGAAGCAGAAGAGUCUAGGUGUCUUUGUUCUGUUUUUGGAUUUCCAUUUAGGAAUCUCUGCUCUUUCUUAGGAACACCCAGAUCUAAUGGCCACAUUGCACAUUACCCAGCGAGGAAUUUUGACGGUCUUCUCAGAGCAGACUUGGCACAGUCGAGGUAGAAAAGGUUGCCAUGCUAGUGUCAGAUUUUCAGCCAUAAAAAUAUCUUCCAGGAGGCUGCUUAUUUUCAGCCACCACUUAGGUGAAUGGAGAGCUAGCAUUUUGAAAAACUAUCAGUACAUUGAUAUUUUCUCUAGGCAUUUAUCCGUGUGGCCAGGAAGCAUCGCAGAGAGCUGAGUAGAAAAAAUAUUCUUACGUUUGUGUGGCGCUCGGGUAGUCACUGCAGGUUUUAUACUAUAGAUGGAAUUCAAACUAAUCAGCAGAACCACCACAGUGAAGGGCGUUCACUUUUCGCAGUAUUAUUUCAGUUAAAUUUUGAGGAAACCUUCUAGGCUGUCCAAAACGGUCAUUGCCCAGCGUGUUUAAGCCUUGGCGCGCUCGAAGAGCUUAGACUCUAAGUAGUAUUGUUUAAAAGGCAUUAAUUCACGUCAUCACUUUAAAUUAAAAAACACGCAUAUGCAUAGCACCUGCAGUAUUCAAAUUCUGACUCGCAACGGAAACCAGGCUCACAUUACAGAACUGCUCAGGAGAAAUGAAGACGACCACACUAACCCUCUAAAACAUCUUUUGGAACCAGUUCUGACUCUCGGUGCUACAGUGGAGCUGAUGCUGGCUGCCCCCCCGCCCCCAGAGACCUCUGCCCAAGCAGACCUGCAGCUUUCCACGUGGGUUUGCAGCAGAGCACACAGCGGGGAGUAAACUGCACAACUUUCCAUCCUGAGCGCUGAGAAAUCGCUCCCCUCAGGGGAAGCUAUCCUUGGGCUGGUUACUUGUAGCCACACACAAAUGCACAACUCAUUCCACAGAUGUGCCAGAAUGUGGAAGAGAUCAGGAAGCCUUGACUGAAGACACUGAGUAAGAAAAUCCUCCCUGCCAAAACCAAACUUCUUAAGCCCUAGCAGUAAAAUUAUGAAGUCAAUGAAACAGGAUGACUUCACAAUUGAAGGUCAGAAUGCAAUAUGGCAUUUCACGGUGAAAUCGGAUUUCUAAACCCCAGCAAGAUGGUCAGCACUUAAUGUUCAUUUUAUGGAGAAUUCUGUGAAUGUUGUAAAUGUCUGCAGUAUUUGUUUCACUGGAAUCUAGCUAGGGAACAAUAUUGGUAAAGUACUUGCUACAAAAUUAGUCUGCAUUGGGGUUUUGUAAUCUGGGUCUAUGGGGAGUUCUCAGGAAAUGAGAAUAGGUAAACAUUCUUGCAGAGGUGGUCAUAGGUUGGCAAAGCACUAGUUUUGUCUUCUUCCUCCUUGAGUUCCGUAUCUGAAUAUUACAAUUCAGACUCCCUGACAAGUAAUGAACUUUGGUCUUUAUCCUCCCAUUCUAUUAUUCGGGCAGUUUAACUAAUACACCAAAGCGCACACACAGCCUGUGGAUCUGUAUGCAUAUGGUAAAUGUUCUUUUUCCUUUCUAGGCAGUGGUUGGAAUAUGUCCUUAAGAGGUUAUCAUAAAAUAAGACCUUGUGAAAGUACUUUGUAAAAUUAAAAUGUAGCAAAUGUAAGCAAAUUGGGACCGAGGGUGUGGUUUUCUGAUGUGGCCCAGGCUGGCUUUUUGAGAACGGCACUCUUGUGUUUCUCAAUUGCUGGGCUGAGCUGGGGCGCUCAGGCAUCUCACUUGGAGGGUGUCUUAUGGGUAUCACCUUGUUGCCACAUAAAUGAGGAUCCCUGGGGGCGUGAUAAUUAUGCUCACAUUGCCAUUAUGCUUAAACAAGCCUAGGCACAUGUUGGCUCUUUCCUCCUAAGUCAUGCUAGAAUUAAGCAGAAUGCCUAGGGCUUAUUUUCUCCCAAAUGCAGGGGGAAAGUUUGCUUGAAAUUUUUAGCCAGUUAAUAAAUACAGGGUGAUCUAUUGUUUUCAGAAGUUAAAUUUUGAUCGUGAAACUCUGUCAAUACUUGAGUACCCACAGUACAGUGCCUCGGGUGGAAACAAUGUAGAAACAGCUAACACGGUGUAUUGUCCCAGCAAUCGUUUCAGACUGUUCCAGAGUGGCAGGCUUCUUCCAUUCUUUUUAAGUCUCACACGUGUAAAGCUAUAUAAUGACUGUGUAAACUAUUAAUCACAAUGAGGCAUUAACAGGAGAGACUUUUUUCUUGCCAUUUCAAAGUUAAUACCCCCAAAACCAUAUAUCAAAGAGAUUGGUCUUCAGUAAGAUUUAUAGCCAAUCACUAAUCCUUAAGGUGCUUUCAAAUCUUAGAUGUCUUAAUGAUUUGCUUUGUCAAAGAGCGGAGAAAGAGUUGUGCUGGAAAUCACUCGCCUGAUAUGAGCCACCAGGAGUAAGGGCCAUCGAUAUUUCAUAAAGAUACAGGACAGCAGCCCAAACACGAACUGGUUCCCACAGACAGUUCAGCCUCUGCCCCAUCUUAGCCCAACAGGGGCCAUCCCCACAUUUACUCCUGAGUCAGUUCCAACCCAGUGAAUUGAGUAAACAAGCCAGGAGAGACCUAGGAGGAGGAUGGCUUAGAAUCCAUUUACUGGAUUUCUCCAUCUGUAUUCCAACUUUUUAGGAAAGAAACAAAUUGCAACAAAAGACAGUAUGAGGGGUUGGUUUGAAAAAGCUGCUUCCCAGGGACAGCUGGGGGCUCAUGUCUCAUUCUUGAUUUUGGCUCUGGUCACGAUCUCAGUGUGGUGAU